UAAGGACAAAACAAUAAAAUAAAAACCGCCGAGUCCCAGUUUACGCUUGUAGUAGAGAGAAACGGGGCAGGCACUGAUGCUAAAUGUGAGAGACAGAGAGAGCACACAGAAUUGAAGCGAUGAGUGUCCUUGAUUAAGAAAUCUUCUUCCUCAGAUAAUUAUAGUCUUAAAGAUUGACACUUUGUUCUGGAGAUUCUUCUUUUGCUAUAUAAAAUACUAUUUCUGGGUUUUGCUUCAAUUUGAUGAUGGUGAUGGAUGAUAAAGAUAACACUCGCGGAGUAGUAGAACAUAGGUCUCGCGAAGAUACUUCUCCAGCUUCAAUGGUUGGUGAUUGCGCUGAGAUUACAGAAGAGCUUUCACCGAGCCAACACCAAAGAAGGCGAGUUCUCGGGAUAGAUAUACCAUCGAGAGCACACGAAGACGCUCAUAGCGAUUUCCUGAGAGCAAAUGGUUCCUUAAUCCAAAGCCCUGUUUCAAAAAGGUUCAAGUUUUCUCCAAUGUCAAGCCCUAGAAUUGGGAGACGUGUUGAUGAUUCCAUAAGUCUUUCCUCUUCAAGAAGCAGAAGGAAUCUCCUAAACUUUAAAAUCAGUAACAAUAAUGCAGAUAUUGAGGAAGGUGUGGCUUCUGUGUCUGUGUCGCCUUCAGGAGAUGGUGGUAGGGAUAAGUCUUAUAUUCCAAGAACAUGGUCUCUCACUAAUCUCUUAGCUCCUAGAAAGUCUAGGAAGACAGAGUCUUUACCAGUAACCCCUAUAACUCACUCAAACCCUGAGUCCAUGAACGGGAGGUAUGCUGUUGAGGUUGAUCCAGUUACAUCCAUGAAAGGGGAGCAGUCACUGCCUAUUCGUCGUUCACGCUCUGUCCCUACGUUCUUCAACAAAGAUGGAAGUGUAAAGCCGUUAGGUGUUUUCCGUGUGAUUCCUACUCCAUCUCGGGGGGAUGAGAAGAUUCUAGAGAUGAUGCCGGCAUCGAAAAUAAGUAAACCCAAUGAUGAAAAUAAUUAUGGCGGGGAAGAUGUUCCUGAAGAAGAAGCUGUUUGUAGAAUCUGUAUGGUUGAAAUGGAGGAAGAUUCAGAAGCUUUCAAGAUGGAAUGUAUGUGCAAAGGGGAAUUAGCUCUUGCCCACAAAACAUGCACGAUUAAGUGGUUCACAAUAAAAGGGAACAUAACAUGUGAUGUGUGUAAGCAAGAGGUGAAAAAUCUCCCGGUGACUCUUCUCCGUGUACAGGAUUCUCAAGAACGUUCUAGAGCAGCCAGGGAUAUAGAGAUUUCAUGGUUCAAUAAUGAAUGGCAAGAAGUUCCAAUUCUUGUCAUUGUAAGCAUGCUUGCCUACUUUUGUUUCCUCGAGCAGCUUCUGGUUAUGGAAAUGAAAUCCAGCGCAGUUGCGAUAGCUUUACCGUUCUCUUGCAUUAUAGGUCUUCUUGCAUCAAUGACAUCAACAGCGAUGGUGAAGAAGAAGUAUGUGUGGCUCUACGCAAUCAUUCAGUUCUGUUUUGUGGUCCUCUUCGCUCAUCUCUUCGACUUAGCUAUUAAGCAGCCGGUUAUGUGUAUUGUCUUAGCCACUAUGAUCGGAUUUGGACUCACCAUGACCGGCACAACGGCUGUUAACGAGUAUUUGAAAUGGAAGAGAAGCAAUGCCCACCGGUCUGCAAGCACUUAAGUGACUCAACCGCUGUUUCAGACAGCAGAGUAGAUCUUCAGUGAAGCUAGAGUCCCUAAAGGAUUGGAUCGGUUUUUAGAUUAACCGAUUUUUUUCUUUUUGGUUAACUGAACCAUCAGGAUCGAGUUUUCGGUUUAGCUUUAAUUAAUUUGUCUGUCUAUGUUACGAGAGAGCAGAUCUGGUUAUUUGAUGAUAUGUAAGAAGCAAAAAAAAAAGAAAAUAUACAUUAUCAGAAUUAAAAUUUCAUUAUUUAUAUGACGUCACUAUUUAUUUUUAAAAAUAUCAAAGAUAUAAUUAGAUAUCAGACUACAGAAUUGAUAAGAUCAGAACAAAUGUUGCAAUAUAAUAUUAUCGAAUCCACUAGCCAUCACAAUUUCAAAAGCUCAUCAUCGUGUACAACCUGCAACAUAGCCAUGAUAAGCCACACUUCAGUCAAGAUAUUCCAAGCCAACAACCAAAGAGACAGAAAAAAAUGGAACCUUGGGCAUUAAGUUUGAUAUGCAAGCAGCCUCCUCGAAUCCACCGUUCUAUGAUAAGUUUAUCAAGAAGCUGCACAUUCAAUAAUUUCCACAUCUGAAUAAGGAUUAACUUUAAACAACAAGUAAAAAAAAAGAAACAGUAAAGAAAAGGAUUUUAAAAUCACUUACGGAGAUCAAGAAAAAGGAUACUAAAUUUCCAUUCCAUCGUUAUUGUUGCUGCGUCAUAUAUAGUGUGCAUCAUCCCGGAUUCUAUGAAGAAAGUGAACCAUCUAGAGAAGCAACAAAGGGAAAAAAAAACAUAAAUAUCACAAGAAACAUAUGGGCCAUUCACUUGGUUCCUACUGAUAUUUGUAUCAUCCUUCCAUGGCCAACAACAGCCUUUGGUUUCACCAAACUCGAUAAGUCUCGUCUUAGCUACACAACACAGAACAUCACAAAGAAGACAAAUAAAAAUCAAUCACCAAACAGAGAUCAAAACGAAAAAGAAGAAGAAGAAGAAGAAGAAGAAGCAAAAUCUCAGAUGCUUGUAACUCAACCGGAUGGAAUCUCAGACCUGCUCGUUCACCUUCAGCUGAAGCCCUCCAUAUUCAUCUCACCUCAAUUCAAGUCCCCCUGUCCCUAGAAUCAGAUUCCCUAGUGUGGUUGGUAGAGGAAGAUGAGCUCAAUAACUUCUCCACCAAACGAACCUGGGAAACUCUUCGACCCAAAUCGGAGCACCAACCAUGGACUACUCAGGUAUGGUACAAGGGACAUGUUCCGAGGCAUGCCUUCAUGUUCUGGCUGAUGCACUUAAACAGACUUCCUACAAGAGACAGACUUGUCAGUUGGGGAAUGGACAUUGACUCAAGUUGCUGUCUAUGCGCUUCUUAUUUGGAAACAAGGGAUCACUUAUUUCUCCAUUGUGAGGUUAGUGAGCAAAUCUGGAUGAAAAUCAAUGUCCGGCUAGGGUAUGGUCCGAUCCUUUUUCACACUUGGACAGCUUUUUCUACUUGGCUGGAUAACAGAGAUUCUAUCUCUCCCCGUUCUUUGCGGAGACUUGUGGCUCAGGCCACUCUUUACGCCAUCUGGAUGGAGAGAAACACUCGCUACCACAACAACAUUUCCACAGAUGCUCUGGUACUCUUCAAAGCUCUGGACCGUCAAAUCAGGGAUGCGAUCUUGGCAAAACAACAUCGCAGUAAGUUCAAAAACCUUCUGCAAACCUGGCUUCGGUAUGACUAGUUGAUCUACUCAUCGUCCGGCUAGUUUACAAAAACAAAAGAAGAAGAAGAAGCAAAGUUGGAAGGCAACACCGUGGAGGAGGGAGAAAGAGACAAGCUGGAUUGCUGGUUGAGAAAGCAAGAAGGUGAACAUGAUUCAUUACUUUCAUCGUAAUAGUAAACAAGACUCAUUAGUUUCGGAUGGAGAUUAGAGAGAAAAAAAAAAAAAAAAAGGUUUCCCCUUUAGGAGGAAA